AAACGAACAUCGAUCGGUUAUGUUGCCAUUUGUGGCUUUUUAAUUGUAGGAACAUGCUCUUUCUUCUCUCUGAAGAAAGGUGAUGUUAACGAAAUGCAGUCACACGCCCACAGUCAGCUGAGGCAUCACAUUCAGCAGCCUUUAUUCAAGCUGACAAACUCACUUUCUCAAUCUCAAACUCAUUCAACAACAGCCUCGCAAUUUGUGAGCCCAACUGUCAACAAAUCUCCGUAUCAUGGACAUCAAUUAAAUAUCCGACCUGUGAACUCACCCUCUAACAGCUAUUUUCGCCCAAAAUCACCAAGACAGAAGGAAAAAGAGGCAGACAAAGCGGAAAAAGACAGGACGCAAUCAGCUGAACGAAUUCAUUCCCUUCACACCCGUCUCCAUCAAGAAGCAGAAAAAAUCAGGAAAUGGAAAACGUCCACAGAGAUAGAAAUUAAAGAAAAGGAGAAAAAGUUGUUGGAAGCUGUUCAAACCAUCGAUUCUCAGAGGAAGUCAAUUCUUGAUUUACAGUUUCAAAAUGAAAGCCUCAGUUCAAAACUUCAGGAAGAGCUUGCAAAUAGGGAGGAGGUGGAACACAAAAUCGUUUCUACCAGAGAUUUGUGCAAUGUAUUAAAAGAUCACGCUGCAAAGGUGGAGGAAAAUAUUCUUAAAGGAGAAGCUGAUCGUGACGAACUCAGAUUUGAAGAUGAAAAGCGUGUUGAGCAAUUUCAGGAAAUGGUCAUUAAGUUCCAGGAUCUACAAAUCGAACACACAGCAAAAUUAAAUGAAAUGAAAACUAAACUUAAUGGGCAGAGACAAGAGCACGAAGACUUCGUCAUGGAAUAUACAGAAAAACUCCAGAAAGCAGAAAAUCAGAUACUGCUCCUCGAAACUGACAAGAAAACGAAGGAGAACCAAAUUUCCACGAUGGAGGCAGCUUUAGAGAAGAGCAAAGAGGAAUCUACUUCUUUGGAACACGAGCUAGCUCUUUUGCAAGAUAAACUGAAGAAAUUGGAAAGUAUCAUCACCUCGCAACAAGUCCAAAUUCAAAAUACAGAGGACAUGUUGUCUUUCAAUAAGCAAGAGUGCAAGAGAAUCGAAGAAGAGCGAGAAGCCAUCCAAUCACAGUUUGAGGGUGUCCAAAAAGAGAACCAAGAAUUGAAAGAGAGUAAUCUCGAGAUGAAAAAGGAGCAACGGAAAAUAUUGGACGAGCUAGAAAUACAACUUUCUUCUCUGAUAAAGGAAAAGAAAAAACUGGAAGAGGAGCUACAAAAUCUUACCAAAACCAACGAAACGACAACAGAUGAACUGAAAAAUCUACGGGUAAAGUUUGAAGCUCUAACGAGGGAGAAGGAAAAAGCAGAUACUUUAAACGAUCACAUUCUCAAAGAAAAGAAUGAUCUGAUGAAAGCUUGCGCAGACCUGCAGGAGAACUUGUCAAAGGAAGCGGAGAGGGUAUCAUCGAAAGGAGAUUUGUUGCGGCAGUCAAAAGAAGAGCUCGGCGAGCUACAGGAGACCAAUUCCUCCUUAAUGAAUGAACUUGAGCGAGUCAACAAAGUUAAACAGGAAUUAGAGGAAAAGAUCUGCAUAUUAACACUUGCCUCCGAAGAGAAGCAGAGGACAAUAGGCGAUCUGGAGGUGAAAUUCUGCAAUGCAAAUUACAAUGUGAAAUACCUAACGGAAAAAGCACAAGAUCUUCAAACAAAGCUUGAAGAUGAGAGGAAAGAAAAAGAGCAGCUCCAAAUUUGCUUAGAAGACUCCAAGGAAUCUGAGAGAAAACUUAGAAAUGAAAUCAGUAUUUUCGAAGGAAAAAACUCAGUACUGGACAAGAGCUUAGCGGAAGCAACAAAAACAGGAGAGGAGUCCAAUAAACUCAUUGAAAAGUUAGAUGGAGAUUUUCAGAAGCUUCAGAAGAAAUACAACAAAAUGAUGAGUGACGGAAGAGUUCAAGAUGAAGAAAGGGCGACAGUUUUAGAGAAAGAAAAAGACAACAAUCGAUAUCUAAAAGAUGACCUGAAAGAACAGACCAAGAAGUUGGAAAUCUUAGAAACAAAGGCAAAAGGUCUCCAGGACCAGCUUACAGCCAAAACUAAACAAACUAAAGAACUGCAGCAAGAAAAUAGGACGAUGAAAAGCAAGGUUACCUCCCAAACCAAAGCUCUCGAAAAGCUAGAAAAUCAGAAAUCAAAGAUAUCCAGUGAACUUGACGCUUCCAAAGAACAGAUUAAAGAUUUUUCAGAAAAGUUGGAGGCUACGAAAAAGGAAAUCAUCAAGAAGUCUGAAACAGCGGAGUAUCUUGAACAACAAGUUCAACAAUUCAAGGAGGAAAAAGAAAAAGCAAUACAAGAUAAAGAAACAGUACAAAAGGAAUCUGAAAAGCAAAUGAAUGAGUUAUGCGCAACAUUGGAAAAGUACAAGCUGGAAAACGAAAAAAUAGUGGCACAAAAGGAGCGAGAGCUGGACCUCUUGCGUGCUAAUGCAGAGAAAGAAUCGCAGGAAAAACAUGAGAAACAACUUAUAGAAGCCAAGAAACAAAUAGAAAAAUUAGAGAGAGAUAUAUGUGAUCUUAAGGAGAAUCAGGAAAAAGACAGGAAAAGAUUAGAGUUCGAAAAAUCUGAAGCAAUCCAAGUUCUGACGAAACAACUAGAAGCAAAGUCUACCAGAAGUUCGCGAACCCCAUCUGUAGACGGGAAACUCAAGACGCCAAAACUACCAGAUCAUAACGAGGUGGAAGCGACGCCUCAAGAUUCUGCGGUGGUUCCUGAAACUCCAAAGCAGCCUCGUGGAAUUCUUAAACUAAACGAAGCCUUUCAGAAAAAGAGGAGGGUAGCUUUCACUACUGCAGGGGAGCAAGAAGAAGGAGACGAGAAAUAUACUUUUAACCUCACCAAGGUCGGAAGAACAAGUCCUGGCCAGGAAAAAGCGAACCAGAGGAACAAACUACGAUCGAAUGUUCGAUUUUCUCCAAAGCCAUUUAGCUCGAACAGUGAGCCCUUGUCCACAAAUUCCCCAUAUCUGGAAACGCAUAAACUCAAACAAAUCCCACGAGGAAAGCCAAUGGCUCCACAAACACAGAAGAAGAUGAAAAUCCAAAGUGAGGAAUCCGAGGAAAUGGCCAAGUUCAAGGAAUUGUUUCCAGACAUGAAAAGUCCGGAUUCCUUGUACGAUAAGUCUCCGAUGAAGUCUCGUGGGUUGCACCAAGGAAUGAAGCCCCCAUUCAAGAGCAAAAUAACCAAAAUAAAACCACUUGCGCGUAAAAAGAAAGAGAAGCAAGAAAGUAUUGCAUGGUUUGACUCCGACGCACUAUUUGGGUUUGGAAUGGAUGACGAAUAA